AUGGCCAUCACCGCGAUCUCAAUCCCGUUCAAUGGCACCCUUCCCUCCAGCGGCUCUGGAAGUUCUAUCAAAAAGCCUAUUAAACCAGUCUCCAAGCCAUGUUUCGGCUGCGACUGCGGCGAUGAAGAAAAGAUCAAAUGUGAUGCUGUGCUCCCGCAGUGUAAUUGGUGCAGUCACCAUGAUAUUCCAUGCACAUUCGACCGAGUAGUGCACAGGAAGAAGAGAAGUACUCCACAUGAUGGACGCCCUAAAGCUUCACGGCUGUCAGAGCGAGUGAGUCGAAUCGAGCAGCUUCUUGCAGAGAACCUAAGUGGUACUCAAGCCUCUGUGACUGGAGACUCGCCUCAAUCUAUCGAGGUUAACACAACGGCCAGCAACUCCCCUAGCAGCAACCAGCCCCCAGACUCAUCAUCAGUGCGAGUCCAUUUUGCAGGCAAGGAACUAGGGGUAAUCAGUUUACUUACUGGAACACUAUUCCUCUUGCCCGAGGGACAAGAUUGGAUCAAAGCUCGUACCGGGCAACCAGUUGCAAUUGACAAACUUAGCCCUGCCCGAGUCCCCUGGGAUAAAGAGCGUGGGCGGACUUUCAGCACCUUCUUGAUGAACAUGAAGACUAAGGAUUCCUUUGAGCUUCCUGAGUGGGAAAUCCUGCAGACGUACAUCCAGGCUUACAAAAACUCGAAGGUGAUGCGGCGCAUCUUUCCUGUCAUAGACCCUGAGCUUUUUGAUGAAACCGUCAACAGAGCAUACGCUCAUUCAUCAUUGCCUUUUGCAUAUGGCCAAGCCAGUUCCAAAGCUUGUGUCAUUGCUUUUCUUACCUUUGUCUCCCGUCUAUCUGUUCUCAAUGCCGUUAUCAAGGCAACCACUGAUAUCUCUCCAGUCGAUCAUGACCUCCUUGUGGCCAAGGCGCAGUUUCUGAUGCCCCAAGUACUGCAAGAACCUGCCAGUCUAGAUGCAGCGCAAGCCGUUACCAUGCUGACUCUCUUCGAGCUAGGGUCUGGAAACAUGCGGGCAACAAAUUACUACGCGGCGAUUGCUGCACGGCUCAUUUUUAUGCUUGGUGGUAAUCUUGCUAGUAACCAGGCCUUCCCGACGAAUGACCGCGGCCACCAAAAGCAACAGCAACUGCGGAAUUUGUUCUGGGUUUGCUACACCAUUGAUAAAGAUCUUGCAUUGCGCACCGGGCAGCCCCCAACCAUCACCGACGAAAAUUGCGAUCUCACCCUGCCACCUGGAUAUCUUGAUCGAGCCUUUGCUGACGUGGAUGACGAAGAGACUUUGUGGUCAGGUCCGGUAUUUCCAUUCGACUUGCGUCUGAGUAUCAUCAAAGCCCGAGCGCAUCGAGAACUGUACUCGGUCAGCAGCCUCCGGAAAUCAGACGCGGAGCUACUCAAGUCUAUUCGGGAAAUCGAUGACUCGCUAGAAGAAUGGCGGCUUUCAGUUCCUCCGAAAUGGCGUCCGACGGUGUCUUUUUCUUCUGAGACGUCCGAUCCAAACAUGGCUAUGCAUACCGUCAUGCUGCGUCUGAAUUACCAUCUAUGCAUGACAAUCAUCCAUCAGGCCAGUGGGCGAUGCAAGUCCUGGAUGCAAGCACAUGGUGGUAUGAUGGAUGGUGUGAGUUCGAGUUUGGCACUUUCAGUCGAGGCGAGUCGGUCGAGUCUAUGUUACCUCGAGGCGGCAGAGCAUGUGGUAGUCGAUGGGGUCUUUUGGACUCUAAUUUUCUACCCUAUGUCUGCGCUGCUCACUCUCUUCUGCAGCAUCCUUCAGAACCCGCUAGAUCCUCAUUCGCGCGAAGAUCUGGAUCGAUUGAAGGUCGCUACGGUCAUGAUUGAGCGGAUCUUCUCACGGAAGUUGCCUGCGACUGAGGUUGUACAUUUCAAAUUGGUCGCUGACUUCAUUGUGGAACUGAAGCGACUGGCUGAGUGUGCGAUCGAUAAGGCGUGGGCCGAACAGAGAGCUGCCUCUCAUUAA